AUGAACGACGACAAACUCACAUACAUCGUUGUUUUCUCCAUAAUAGCAUUAGUAAUCAUCAUCGUCUCCACCGUUUUUUUGCUCUAUGUGGUUUUCUUUGGCGAUUCCUUCAGUAGCGCUUCCGAGGACGAGACAAACUGCAUCCCGGAAAGGCUGCGCUUAUCGAACAUAGACUACGACAAUACGCAGCGCUUUGAUGCGCUCCCUGCGCUUGAGAAGGCGCGCUUUAUUCUAGCGCGCAAGUUCUACCAGUUCCACAAACCAGUGCUCAACUAUGUUAGUUUCAUCUCAUACGAAGCUGUGGAUACCUUCUAUUUGGCAAUCAGGGAUCGCGGCAUCCGCGCAUUCCACUUUGAGCGGUAUUCAGACCAGCUAACUGAGCUUAUCCAACAGGUGGAGGAUGAGCGCCAGCCUGCAGGCGCCAGUAACGGCGUCAGCGCCGGCGCAUCAGAGUCGACGCCGUUGCUUGCGGAUCAGGCGCAUGCGCAAACCCCACAGUUAGGGGGCACACCUCGCGCUCCAUCCGGUGCAAGGAAGUUCUCAUCCGACCACUUAGGCGUAAUGGAUGACGUCAAGAAGCCUGAUUACAGGCAGGUCCAGUUUAAGCAAACGCCGUAUGUCGUGCAGGAGCUCACCGACGUGAAGUUCUUGACGACGCAGAUGUCGUGCGCGCUGACAAAUAUGCCGUUACCGUACAAAAACCGCAAAAACGACACGGUGUACUUUGAGGUGAAAUUGUUCGAAUUCAACCCUCAAACGACAACGAUCGCCAUCGGCCUCGUCACAAAGCCGUAUCCGAACUUCCAGUUGCCAGGCAUGUCGCCGUAUUCGGUGGCGGUGCAGACAGAUGGCACAGUGAGGAUGAAUAAUCAGCCUUUUUUGAACGAUGAGGAUCUCCCGGUUACUUUGCCGCAAGUACUCGAAGGAGACGUCAUUGGCAUUGGCUACCGGUCCAUAAACGGGGCGGUGUUUAUCACACACAACGGCAGAAGUGUCUUAGAGGCUGUGAAGUACCUCAAAACCGAGCUUUAUCCAUGCAUUGGCUCUGUUGGAGGACCCUGCAAGGUUUCGGUGAAUAUCGGCCAACUAGGCUUUGUGUUCAUCGAGGCAAACGUGAAGAAACUUGGAUUCUGCGAGAACAAGAACGAGGGAACGAUCGGGGSCCCGCCAAUAUACGAUAAGACGCUUCUUUCCAAGGAUCCUUUGCUCGAUAAGGGUGCCGAGCUUCCGCCGGGAUAUCCGGAGGAAGAGCAGACGUUUUUCGGCCCGGUAACGGUUGCCGAGAAACACGGUGGCAAGGUGCAGGUGGGCAGCUCGCAGGAGGUGGAAAAAAACGAGAAGCAGGAACAUGAAAGUGUGAAAAGUGGCGGGGAUGGUAAGAGUUGCACCGCCACACGCAGGGCGGGCUCAGCCACACCUGAGUCGGAUCCGCCCUCGUAUCACUCACAGGACAGCAAGAAGGAGCCGGACGAAAAGGCGGCGAACAAUGCUGAUCAUGGCGGUGCAGACCGGGGAAAAAGGCGGAGGAAAAAAGGCGGGAUGAAGUGGAAUAAGCAGCCUAUGGAUGCCUCUGAGUAUGAGAGGAUGGUUACAAACUUUAAAUCUCCGACGUCGACGCCGCCGAUUUUGGACGAUGAGUUCGCGACGAAAAAAAUCAUGAGGCUUGCCGGGUGCAAGGAUGUGUUGGCGGCGGUGGAGGAGUCCGCGAAAAAGCCUGCUGCCCAGGAAUCGGCCACGGCGCAAAAAACGACAUCCAGUGCACAUUUGAGGACAACAAGGAGAAGGAGGCGGAAAGGAGCAGGAAAAAGGCACAGGAGACGGAAGAAGGGCAACAGGACGACAUUCUGA